GUUCACUAUUGGUUGGUAAAAAUCUAAUAACCCCGCCCGUAUGACCUGUUGUCCCACAAUCCAUUGCUGCCCGCGAACCUCGAAUGUAGCUCACAACAAGCAAGUUAGUGCAAAAAUGAGUAAAAAGGAUGCAUCUGGUGCUGCAGUUAUUCUUGAGUACCUCAAUGAAAAGAACCGGCCGUACAGUGCCCAAGAUAUCUUCGGAAACCUGCAAAAGCAGCACGGUUUGGGAAAGACGGCAGUGGUGAAAGCUAUGGAGCUGUUGGCGCAGGAAGGAAAAAUCAUGGAGAAGGUCUAUGGAAAGCAGAAGAUCUAUUUUGCUGAUCAAUCUCAGUUCGCAGAUGUGAGCGAUUCAGACCUUAAGGAAAUGGAUAGUCAGAUGUCACAGCUUAACUCCCAGGUACACACUGUAACACAGGACUGCAAGCAGCUUGAGAUGGCUCUGAAGGAGCUCAACAGCUCAAUGACAACACAGGGAAUGACAUCAGAGAUCCAGCACCUGACGCAGGAGUGCACUGCGUACAAGGAGCGGCUGGAGAGGAUCAAAUCUGUGGCAAAUCACGUUACACCCGAGGAGAAGGAAAAGGUUUACAAAGAGCGGGAUCUCUAUCUGAAAGAGUGGAAGAAAAGAAAGCGGCUGGCAUCUGAUAUGGUUGAUGCCAUUUUGGAAGGAUACCCAAAGAGCAAGAAGCAAUUUCUGGAAGAGGUUGGCCUAGAGACGGAUGAGGACUGCAAAGUGAAAAUUCCAGACAUGUGACAGAAGAUGUGGGAUUUAUGGCUGUGAACGCAAACAAAAUGGGGGACAUGACUGACUUUUUUCUGGACCAUCUUAUUUGUGUUCUGUGCUUAUGGUAUCAGUGUUGGGUUUUUGUUUUGUAUUAUACAUAAUGUGUAAAAAAAAUUAAGACUUAGAAACAGAUGUUUAUUUGCAAUUAGAAAUAUCAAUACAAAAAUAUUUCCAAAGUUUUUUUCAAGAAA